UCCACGUCACUAGCCCGCCGAGACAAAACAAGCAGCCGCCAGCUUUGCUGCUGUUCACUCACACACGCGCUGUCAGGCCACGCGUGCGAGAGUUACCCGUACCCACACACACAGCCUGCUCAGCUUGCUGCUUGCAGAGCUCCCCCCACACACACACACCCUGCUCUCUGCUGACGGCAAGGACUUCUCGGCAUCCUCCGCCACAGGGGGCCGGAACCCAGGCUUGGAGAGGAAGAGGAGGAGGAGGAAGAGGAGGAAGCAAAAUCGUGCCAUUGCCGGUGGGGGAAUGGAAAGGAGCCAUCCUUCUGGGAGAAGAGACGACGACUGAGCUCCUCAGAGCCUCCUGAGGGGGCGCUACAUUAGCAGCUGCCCCAUUUCCCCGAUCGCACAGCCCAGUCUUCAGGACUCGGGACAGCUCCCCAGCACGAGGGACAGAGCGUGCGUGUGCUUGUGAGUGUCCUCAUGCACGCGGAAUCAAGGACAAUCUGGGAGCAGACAGACACACACCAGGCAUCAGGGGAACCCGACUGGACCCCUCACCCACUUGCAAUCACCGCUGCCGUCAACACCAUGGCCGGCAUGCAGCAGGGGGAGAAGCAGCUCUUUGAAAAGUUCUGGAGGGGGACCUUUAAAGCGGUGGCCAGCCCCAGGCCAGAAAGCAUCAUCGUUGCCAGCAUCACUGCCAGAAAGGCAGUUAUCAGCACUGAGGCAUCGACCUGCCAGGCACGCAAAGCCGAUGAGCAGAGCGUGGGGCCAGCCGACACAAGAGCCGAGGUGGCAGAUCACAACAGAAGCAUUCAGGCCAGGGAAAGGAAGCAAGGCAGCCGUCACCAGGCACGCAGCCUCUCUUUUGAUGAGGACCUUUCCCCUCACCCUGCACCAAAAGGAAAGAAGAAGAAAAAGAAAUCAGAACGAAAAAGGAGAAGGAAAAGGUGUCCAUCAUACAACCUUUCACCUCUAAGGAAGAAGAAAAAGAAGAAGAGUUCUAAGAAAAGAAAAAGGCACAGGUCACCCUCCAAAAAGAGAAGACACAGCUGUUCAAUCCCAAAACGGAAAAGGAGGGAUCAAAAAAAGCACAAGAAAAGGUCACGGAGCCACGCGCACAGGAGGCGUCACUACCGGAGGUCAGAGUCUGAGAGUUCCACUCGCCGCUCCUCCAGUGCUGACAGCAGGCGUCUGCCCAGGUCUGCCCAACGCUCCCCAUCAGGAAGCUCAGCCAGGCGGCCACACCGCAGAAAGAAGGACAGUGCACCUGUGAGGCAGGCGGAGAGCACACUGGGGCCAGCGGCCGUGUCAGCGUGUGAAAAGCCUGUGCGCCACCGCCCGGCCCACCCAGCCAAUGGCACCAUUGUGCACUCAGAGUCUGGAGGUGACAUUUUUACCCAAAAGGGAAUCCACCAUGACAUUCUGUGCAGUCACGACAAAGGACAACAGGAUUCCGACUCUGGGAAUGACACGUCCUCCCCACCAUCAACCAAAACUGGCUCAAUGAGGUCAAAGGUGAACAAAAAUGAAAAGGCCCUUUGCCGAACAGGGUCACCAUCCCCUGAAAAAUCUCAGUUCACCGAUGGCGAUAAUGCCUCUGAUUCAGGGAAUUCUGUGACCAGCUACUCAUCUUUUUGUAAGCCUCUCCUGUUGGACAGUGGCUCAGCUAGAGCCUCUUUAAAUGGAAACGGAAAAAGUGACCUAACUCCCAGAAUAUGUGGGCCUGUGUGGGGGAAAUCCAAGGCACCUGGAGUCGCUGUGGGUAGGAGCAUAACCCCUCCACACAGGCGGUCUCGGACCCGCUCUCGGAGCAGUCUAAGCAAAAGUAGAUCCUCACGGAGAUCUCAGUUUUCAGACCGCUACUCCCGCAGUCGAUCGCUGUCCUCAGGAAGGUCAUACUCCCGUUCACCCAGAUCUGAUAAAUCCAGGAGGAGUGUGGAGAGUGGAAGUUCUCGCAGGAGUCCUAGUUACUCCAGAUACAGCCUAUGCAGGACUCGUGAGGAUGGGAAAGAACACAGGAAAUAUAGCCCUUCUGGGAAGGAGUCGAAGCGUGAGCGAGAACGACGCAGGAAGCGGUCCUACUCUCCCAUGAGGAAGAGGAGGAGAGACUCGCCCAGCCACCUCGAAGCCAGGAGAAUUACCAGUGCACGCAAGAGGCCUAUCCCUUACUACCGGCCCAGUCCGUCCUCCAGCAGCCGGUCCACCAGCUGUUCCUCAUGGUGCAGCAUCUUUAGCCGCAGCCGAGGACGCAGUCGCAGCCGCAGCCGCACCCGGAGCUACUCUACCUACAGGAGCUACAGCCACUGUUCAUCGUGGAGCUCCCUCAGCGGGAGCAGCCAUAGCCGCAGCUGUUACUCAGUAGACAGCUAUGGCAGAGCACGUCGCUAAUGGCCCCGCCCACAGACGUCACGGAAGCCACUCAUGAGACCGCUUGGGGCAGCUGGUCCAAAUGCGCUGGAAUAGUCCCGGGAUCUUCUUCCUAAUCCUCCUAUACUUCUGUAACCGACGACUAACCAAGAAGAUAUUGCCAUUGAUUUCUGGUCUCUUGAGGUUCCUGUCUAUGUGUCUUGUACGAGGACAGUGAUGUUUGUGUUGCUCAAAAACUGUAGACAAGGAAUUAAGAAUGUAUAAUCAGUCUUGUUUAUUUUUCUUACCAUGUACCACCCUGAAAGAGCAGUACAGAUCCCUCCAGUGAUGUUAGAAAAAAGCAUUGGUACUUUCCUGAGUCGUUACCUACAGAAAACGUGUGAAACCUGGAAGUAUCAACAGUAUUUUUUUCCAAGACUUCCAGCAGUCAUGUAAUCGAUCUUCUGUGCUGUUUUGCUCCACAGUGUUUGUCUGAUCCUUCUUCCUGAGACCUGUUAGUUUGAGAAAAACUUAAAAUGCAGUUUCAAGUGUUGGAGAAACAUUUGCAAUAGGCUGGUUAAAGAAGCUGUUUUAACCUUUUCAGUGAUGACCAAAUACGAUUUGCUGAAACGAAUAUUUCAUAAGUUUCACUAUACUUUCAAACGGAUUGUACCAUAAUUUGUUCUCAGAGCAUAAAUAGAAGGUGUUUUUGUUUUUUACGUUCAGUUUUUGUUACUGAUAAUUGUUCUUAAUAUCACUUUUCAUACUUUCCCUGCUAUGGCUCCAGAUUGGCCCACAAAUUUUCACCGUCUUCAUUAAAUUUAUUGAUAUUUAAUUUCCAGCAUGUUCACUACACAAUAAACAAGUGAUUAAUUUUGUGAUGUAUAUCAUGAUACAGAUGAACCAAGGCAUAAGUGAAUCUCCUGCAUGUUUCUCCACAGUGAUGAACGCCAUGAUUUUUGCAGUUAUGCUAGUUACUGAAACGUGACCAGCAUAUGAUCUUAUCACCAGCCGUGCUUCUCCAAGGUUUUUCCUGGCAAAGAGGAGCAAAUCUAAGUGGCCCCUGUAAAAUAUCCCUCAAGUGUACAGUGACUCCCCAUAAGCUCUGGAUGAGAGCAGAAAGUAGAAAAUUUAAAGAGGGUAAUGAGAUAGACUUUUCGGUCUCUCUUUAGGUCUCUCAAUAAUAUUGUAAUAAUACCAGAAACAGAGCUUUAGUGUUUCCAAGCCUGCUGACCACAGUAUAAGCCGAAAGGUUUGUAUCCAACCUUGCAAUACUCUGGUAACUGAAGGGCGGCCACAGCACUCCAGCAAGUGGACUUUUUUGUCUUAGAGUGAUUAUAAAUGGUGCACUAUAGUUUAAAUUUUGGCUUAUGAUAAUUAUUUAUUUAAUAUUUAUUGAUGUAUUUGUUAACGGAGAUUUGACAGCAUCUGUGUUUGAAAUUUUUUUAAUCAUCUUAUUUUCAUAAUUUAUAUUGUUCACUGUUUUGUUGUUUGUACUGUUUUUAUUUUCCUGCUAAGUAAUUUAUUGUGGAAUAGGAAAAAGUAAAAACUAAAGCUCCUUUGCUUUUGAAAUGAGACUUUUGGGUGAAAGGAAACAAGCUGCUGUAACUUUAUUUAUUUGAUGCCGCAAACACAAUGUAUGUAAGCUAUUCCAGUUGUUUACAUUAUCCAGAAGCAGUUAUUUAAUGCAUAUAUUUUUAUAUUUACUUAUUUAUUUUACAUUUAUUUAUUAAGUUUUCUUAUUGCAUAUAAGACCACAACACUUAAUAAUAAGCCUAUGUUUGUACUUAUCUUUGAACCAAACAAUGGAAGGCUAUGGUUGCAUAUGAAGAUAUAAUUAUAUAUGACAAAUGGGAAUCUCAAAAAGGACAUGCAUUUUGUGGCUUGAACAUGUGUAACUGAGCCCGUCUUUUUCUCUCAUGAAUGUUCUAAAACUUGCUGUCAGUUUGGGCACCUUCAAAGUUAGUGACGUAUAUCAUUUUUUGUAUUCUUGGAAAAAAACAUCAAAAUUAUUAAAUAUACAUAGUAACAAAUGAUAGAAAGGUCCUGGUAUUGAUCGUAACAUCUCCAUUUCUUUUAAAAUUUUUACAGAACUGAUUUUCAUUCCAUCACCUAAUCAGAAUGCUUUUAAUAUUAUACUUUACCCAGAGUGUAAAGGCAUCCAUGUCUGACAAUAUUCACUUUCCCAAGGCGUGAAGAUAAAGGUGUGCUUUCUAUGCAUUGUAUAUAUCAAAAGAUGGCUGAAGCUGCUGUAUGAUAUUGAUUCACUGUCUGUCCGGUAAUUGAUUUAGAGAACUAGAAGAAAUCUAAAAAAAAAACUAUAUUUAAAGGUACAGUAAUACAAUGCUUUUGGUGAACUAUUUUUAAUUUGCAUUUUGGUAUAAAGUAUACAACAAAUGGAAUAUCAAUGGGUGUACUUUCUGUUGUGUAAAUAUACAGUACAUAAGCGUACCUGAAUAGGGGGAGCUCAUCUUAUGAGAGGAGCAUCGUGGGAUUCAUGGAUUAAUGUGAUGUUUUUUCUGAUGUAUAUACUGUUUUUCAAUUGUUAGUGGCUCAGUAGGCAUCUGUUUUUUGGUCCAUAUAUAGGGAUAUAAAUGUAUAUCCUCAUUUACUAGGACAGUGAUUCUACGUAAGUGAAACCCCAAGAUUCACUAGAUUCAGAAGCAUUAAGGUUUUUGUUUUGACUGAAGCCUUACACAAUGUCAUACUCCCAGGGUAAGGAAAUAUUUAUGCUCAUUGAUUUAGGAGCAUAUACAUGCUUUCAUCUGCUGUAAAAGUAAACCUAUAAAUUGAAACAAUAAAUUUAAUCCAAAAAUAAAUAUUGAACCAACUGCUGGCGCGUUUUUUUAAGUGUUUCAUUUUAAUCUUGA